CCUCACAGAGCAAGCAAAUGAGCUUGUUAGAUUGAAGGGCAAAAGGCAAUUAAGUUACAGAGGGGAAAGCGCCAGAUAUAUGAAGCCAGCUCGUCUUGUAACAGCCAUCGACUUGAUCCAGCUCCCCGGGUCAAUUGGCCUGUCCCUGCAAUUCCAUAUCACCAAUAACUCCGCUGUGAGGCUGAGACAAAAGUUGGGCAUUCAAAGUACAUACCAGACCCACCCACAGGCCGGGCUGAGCUCCCAGCGCCCAAUGGCAACACUGGAAAUCCGCAGCUUGAUGCUUGUGUUCGUGAGCGUUAGUGUAGGACAGGGGAACCUGGCGAUUGCCUGGAUGUUGUUCUGGGCAAGCGAUGGGAUGAUCUCUCAGAUGAAUUGCAUUUCAGUGGGCGUUUUUGGUGCCAUUCUGGUGCCACCCCGCCAGUGCUUGCCUGGCCUUCGCAGGGACCCCGGUCGGGUGCCUGUUGGCCGCCGAAUCAAAUGGCUUCCCGAGUCCCAACGGCACUGGCUGGGCUCCCAAGGUGCUCAGAGACAAGCGCCCUGAUUUCGGAUUGGCGGCGGUUGAAUGGGCCUCAACCGCCGCUGGCGGCUAGAACCGCCGGAUCCUGUUGCGCCUCAGUUUGUGUGAGCUUGCGGUUCACAGAAG